AUGAGUUCGUACGAAUUUGAUUUGAUGUAUCUAUUAAAAACUGAAAUCAAAGAUGAAGCACAGUUAGUAUGUGCUGAACAAGCACCUGGCUAUGUUAAAAUUCGCUUUAGUGCUGAUAAGGAAAGCGACUUAAAGACUCUACUGCCAAACAAUGGAUUAUAUAUCAACGGUUAUGAAUUAAAAAUCCAAAUACAUAAUAUAAUUUCUGAUCAAUAUCUCAAUCAACUGAAAUCAUCCAACACGUCAACUGCGUCCGCUAGCAUCUAUUUAUCGUACAAUUUGCCUAGAAGUAUUGAUAAUAAAAUUUUAGAAAAAUUAAAAGAAUUUCAUGAGAAUUUAAAAGAGGAGCAAUGUCAUUUAGCUAAGAGACAUAUUGAACAAUUGUUUGAAUUUGCAUUACGAUCGUAUCAUGAAAAGUUUCGGCAACAUAUCGUCCGUUAUACAAAAGAAAUAUUUCGCAUAAUUAACCGAGUGAAGGGUACGUUGAACAGUUAG